ACAUGUUCCUACACAAGUAGUUUGUAAAAGUUAAAAUAUUUUAUGCGUAUUUACCUGUUAAUGACACUAGAGUGAUGUUAUAGAAAAAAACUGUUGUAGUGCACAAAGUCUCUUUUGAUCGGUAAAAAGAUAAAUUACUUGGAAUGGAAUGUAUUUUCGAGAUACUGAAUGACUGCCGGCAGCAAAGCAAUCGGACUCUUGUUUUAUUCACACUGCAAUAUCUUGUAGAAGGAAUACAAGGCCUCGUCAAGAGAGAAUUUGAGCUUUUCCAUAAUUCACUUAAGGAAGAUCUUAAAAAUCAUACUCAAUGUCUAGGUUCUUGCAGCCAAGACGAAACAAAAUCAGUAGCGAACUGGUGCCAGACCUGUGCGAGUUGGAGAACCUCAAUUUUGUCAAGUCACACACUUAGCGACAAGAUGACUAAAAGAACAAUUUGUUGGUCAGAAAUCGAUUCGUCCAAAUGGCCAACAGAUCCGUUCGAAGUUGAAAAAUGUUUUGUUCCGAUAUGGUAUUUCGGACCAAAACGUUUGGUUUCCUCUUGUGAUCACAGUGAUCUUGCAAUAAUACUUAAGAAAAUAAUUAAUUGUACUUACGUCUACGCUAAAUUUGAUAAAAUUGUUAAACCACAGACAAUAGUGAAUAUAAGAAAUGAUGUGACACAUGCAAACUGGAUUUCUAAUGACCAUAAAGUUGAAUAUUGUAAAGCAAUUGGGACAUUUCUGUUCCCUCACCUGGAUAAUCAAUCAGCGAAAAAGGUAUAUGACAAGAUUCAAAUACUGGUAGAGAUAUCGUAUAAUGAGUUGAUCAGUUACAACCUUAUAAGUGAGGAAGAAGUUAAUAAAAUGCACAAAAAGAUAACUUCCAAAGUAGAUCGAUCGAAAGUCUAUAUUUGGAUCUUUGCCAUAUUAUGCAUAUGCAUUGGAGUAAUGUUAUUUAAGAUAGAUCCUUCGAACAUUUUGGUCGGUUCUCCAAGUUCUGGUUCUCCAAGUUCCGGUUCUCUACAAUUUACUGGUUGUAAUCUUGGAUAUGGAUUGCAAUUUGAAUUUUACCUUCAGCAACAGAGAAACUUUGUCGGGAGAAAAUGGCUGAUAGAUGAAACAUUUCAUAGAAUCAAUGUUACGGAUGCAAAAGGUGUAAUUAUGAUUGCGGGUCCUGGAUAUGGAAAAUCAGCAUUUGUUGCCGACAUAAUUAAAAAUAAAGACCAUUGCAGACUUAAGGGAUACACAAUUAUUUACCAUAUCUGUAAACGCGACGUUAAAAUGCUUCAAAUGCCAGAGAAAUUUGUACUAAAUCUAAUGCAACGGAUAAGUUGUUCAUACCCAAGAUAUCAAAAACUACUAGAGGAAGUAGACACACAAUGGACGGACAUCAAAGGAGUCUGUAUCGAUGAUCCUUAUUAUUGUUUAGACAACUUUGUCAUUCAUCAACUAAAUGAACUGAAAUCAGCAUUAGGUCACAAACUUUUAAUAAUCGUUGAUGGAAUUGACCAAUGCUAUAGCAGCCAAAUGGGGGUACAAUUAGUUUCAUUACUGCAGGCACGAUACACUGAAUUUCCAAGCUGGGUGAAGUUUUUAUUAACCACAAGAAACGAUUCUUCUAUAUUGCAACAGUUCAGUGAUCUAGAUCACUUUCAUAUUUUCCCUAGAGAAAUUGAAAUGAAAGACGUUUGAUUGUCAGUUUUAAGUUAGAAAAUUUCAAACCAAUAUUCAAAUUGGCUAAAACAGAACAUUUAAAUAUCGUGUUACAAAUUCCUAAUAUUGUAGCUGUAGAUUGUCUUUCUAAAAUAAAAUCGUAUCAUAUAUUUCA